AUGAAGCUCAACCUCCUCGCGCUCCUGCCCUUUGCGGCUGCAGCUGCUCAAGUCGCUAGGGCCGCAGCCACACCCAUUCGUCGCGAUGACUGGCCCCAUGGCCCCUUCUACACCUCCGGCAACCAGAUCAAGAACGCCAACAACGAGUCGGUCAUCUUCGUGGGCACCAACUGGCCGGGAUCGGGGGAGAGUAUGAUCCCGGAAGGCAUCGAGUGGCGCUCGAUCGCCGACAUUGUCAGCAUGAUGAAGUAUGUUGGCUACAACUUUGUGCGUCACACGUAUGCCAUUCAGAUGAUCGACCAGAUCUAUGAGAACAGCGGCACGGACAUCACUGUUCAAUCUGCCCUUCUGUACGCGCUGGGUGAGGAAAACGGAACGAAAACCAUGGAGAUGAUUAACAAGAACAACCCGCAGAUCACCAAUAGCACCACACGGCUCGAGGUGCUCUCGAUGAUCGCCGAGGAGGAGGCGAAGCAAGGCAUCCUGAUGCAUCUGGACAACCACAUCAGCCGCGCCAUCUGGUGCUGCAGCCACGACGACGGCAAUGCGUGGUUCGACGAUAUGGACUUUAACAUCUCCAACUGGCACCGAGGUCACCGAUACAUGGCCAAUUGGGCCAAGAAUCACACCAACAUCGUCUCCAUGUCACUCCGCAAUGAGCUGCGCAAGUCGGCGGUCAAGCAAAAUCUGGAGUACAACUGGAAGACGUGGUGGGGCAACGUGUCGGCCGCUGCGGAGAACAUCCAUGCCACCAACCCCGAUCUGCUCAUUACGAUUAGCGGAUUGGACUACGAUAUCGACCUCUCGGCGCUCACCACCCAAGCUAACCUGCUUACCGCGCCCUACGUCAACACCGACAUGGACUAUCCCGCCGAUGCCUCGUCUCUCCCCGAGGAGUACGCCAAGAUCGAAGAGACGUCGUUCGGAAAGGCAAAGAAGGCGGUGCUGGAGAUCCACGCGUACAAGCAAUCCACCUACUACGAGGACCAUCUUGAAGACUGCGACGCCAUUCAAGCCGGUCUCUAUCGAUUCGGCUUCAACGCCCUGGGCGAGUCCGCCCGUCCUGAAGGGUGCACCAAUUCGACCAAUUUCUCUGAUCCGUACGCCUGUCCUCCUGCAAAGCUCACCCUCCCGACGCUCCUCACCGAGUUUGGUGACGCCCAAGACGCAGGAUUCGCAAAUGUCACCAUGCAAAAAUGCCUGCGCGACUUUACGACCAAGAACAAGAUCGGGUGGGCCCACUGGUCGCUAGCCGGAAGCUAUAGGAUUCGCCAGGGGCUCAUGUUCAACAACGACACGUGGGGACUGACGACGCCUACGUGGGAUGCGUUCCAGAGUCCAGAGACGGUGGAUGACUACUUCCGCCCUUGGAUCAGGGAUAUGGGCACGACCAAUCUCGAGCUGUGA